AUGCGGAUGAAGGCGAUUGUUGUUGCGCUUGGCGUAACAGUGAAUCAUGCAACCGCCGACGACCCUGCCGCAGUGAUCAGUGGCAAUCCCAUCAAUGUAGUCUAUACGGCUACUCUUCCUGAGACUCCUUUCUUCGCAGCACCAGAACUGAAAGGAAGUGUGAGGGGUUUUAUCAGCGCCGCCACGCCCCCGGAUGGCGUUGGAGUUAGAUUCACGAUUCGAUUCGAGAACUUGCCAAAGACCGGUGGUCCCUUUCCCUACCACAUACAUGUCAACCAAGUCGCUGAUGGGAACUGCUCCGCAGCAGGUGGGCAUCUGGACCCCAUGAACCGUGGUGAGGAUCCGCCUUGCGAUGCUGGCAAUCUCCCAUCAUGCCAAACCGGAGAUUUAUCUGGAAAAUAUGGCACAAUCAAUAGCGAUCCAUUCGUUGCUGAGUACGUGGACAAGUUUUCGUCAUUGAAGCGGGAAGACGGGGCAUUCAUUGGAAACCGAUCUUUUGUCAUCCACCUCGCCAACAAAACUCGCCUUACCUGCGGCGACUUUCUCAAGAAUCAGCCUGUCCUCAAACCUGUGACUCUUACUCCACCCGGUGGCCAGGCUGAUUCUCAAUCUACAAAGCCUUGCAGCAAAGCUUCCUCAACUUCAGCAGCCGGGAAUUGCCCGUGCAACACCCAAGUUACCAGUACAACUGCAACUACUACCACGACAUCCACAAAGUCUAGCACGUCCUCAACCUCUACGACGUCCACGUCUUCUUCUAGCACUUCUACCAUCACUACGACUUCUACCACUGCUACACCCACAAACACGGGAGUUUUCGUCCCUACCACGACAGUCGUGGUGGCAGGGGCUGCUGCGACUAUGCCUGGGUCAUUACUGUGGUGGAUGAGCGGCGCGGCACUCAUGAUGUUUUCUCAUUAA